GACACCCGUCUUUCCUUCAAAGGGAUCAAUACGUGCAAUCCAAAACUAUGACGUCAUGUCUUCAGAUAGAGCCCUUGUAUGAGAUCAAAGAUGGCGAUUCUAGAGCCAACAUGACUGACUUGAAAAAAUAUAAAACGAGCUUACUGAUGUAUUCCUGAAAGGUGGAGGGAUUUGAAGAAGGCACUCUCCAGCCAUGCACUUAAGAGGUGUAUGUCUCUUGUUACUGGCGGGUGUCAUUGUCACAUGGGCUGGACUGACACAGGAUUAUAAUCAGGUCUAUUACCUUGGUUUUGAUCGGUACAAUGGAGAACGCUUGUACGAUGAUUCAUCACACAACAACAACGCGACUCUCAUGAAUGUUCAGUUGGAUAAAGAAGCAGGUAGCUGUGGCAAAUGUGCUAAGAUCUGCUGUGGUGGACAGAUUAUAAUAGACGGAUCAAAGUUCGUUGGAAUUCCUUACAUUGAAGUUACUAUUGCAAUGAUGGUACAAUUAAAGGAAACAUCCGGAACAAUAGAUCUUUUCGAGACUAUUGGAGGACCGCCCAGAUCUAAUCACGAGGAACCCCAAUAUGAUCUACAAGUUGAAAAUGCCAGGGUACGCUGGUUUCACCGAAAUGAAAAUGGUUCCACCGUGUUCAGUAUCAUAACAGACGGUCCUGUGUUAUCCAAUGGAAAAUGGUAUCAUUUAGCCGCAAUGUAUGACGGCCUUCGGGGCAUUGCUAAGAUUUAUAUCGAUGGAAAACUUUCAAAACAGGAAACUGCUGACCCCGGUGUAUUCCUGUCGCGAGACUGGUCUAAAUAUGCGGGGAUCGGCUUAUAUGGCGGAAAAGGUCGUUUAGAGGGCUACGUAGACGAGUUUUACAUUUACAACAGGACUCUAGCGGAACCUGAGCUAAAAACGCUUAUUAAAAAGUGCCAAGGGCCCCAAAGCACCAUGGUGUUACAUCUGAGCUUUGACAGGAAAACUGGUGAUACGUUUCUGGAUGAAUCAGGACUUAUGAACCACGCAAAGGUUGGUGGGCCGCCUCUGCAACCAGGCCAACCAAAACCUGCUCCUCCUCCACCUGCAAAAGGAAGCUGUGGAAACGGAGUACAACUAAAUGCUGGACAAGCAGAUGUCAAACUGGACGGGAAAACGUUCCGGAACAAACCAAUUGAUAGUGUAACCAUAGCAAUGUGGUUAAAUGCUACUUCGGUUAAGGGAAAACAUUACUUGUUUGAUACGAUUGGUGGCCAUUCAGCGCACAAACACGACCAGUAUCUUCUGAUGAUGGAGAACGGGGCCAUCGGCUGGAGUCAUAACGACCAAAAUGAUAAACAACUCUUCAAAGUUGUCACUGAUCCUAUAGUAACGGAGAAACAAUGGAUGCAUAUCGCAGUAACAUACAAUGAGCAGAGUGGCCAGGCUAAGGUGUUUAUUAACGGCAACCUCAACAAGCAAGGGCCUGCAUCAGGGAGAUUGUCAGAAGACUGGGACAGCUAUGCAGCAUUUGGCAAACAUGAAGGAACUGUCACAGAUGUCGACACUCUGGACGAAAUAUACAUGUACAACAGGGAGUUGACUCCGUUUGAAGUGAAAACGCUCUAUGAUAACUGCAAUUUUGGGUUAGCCAAAACACCGAGCACUGGUCAAGUGUUCUACUUUGGAUUUGACCGCGUGUCAGGCAGUGAUGUGUUUGAUGACUCCGGUAGCCUGAAUGACGGUAAAUUAACUAGCCUUGCUACCGUGACAAAGACCAGUGGAACUUGCGGGAAUGGACUUCAACUACGUGGAGGCAAUAUUUUGAUUGACGGACAACGAAUACAGAGAAAACCGCUGUUCAGUGUGACAGUGGCGCUAUGGCUCAAGUUGAAUACCAACCGCGGUCAACAGUCUGUCUUCAGCACCUGCAAUCCCGAUAACCCGUGGAACACACAUCAGCAGUAUUCGCUAACGAUCAAAGACGGAAGAGUCAGAUGGUUUCACCGUAAUGAAAAAUCCCAGACUGUUUUCAGCGCCGAGACAAACUCGCCACUUGUACCAGCUGGAACAUGGACUCAUAUCAGCUGCACUUACACCGCAACUGGCGGGAAAUCUGAGAUAUAUGUGAAUGGGGUGUUAAAAAAACAAGAGCUCACUGGCAGUGGAAUUCUUUCUCAGGAAAGAGCACGAAAUAUUUAAUACAAUCGGAAGCCAUUCCGAUCACAAGCAUGACCAAUACCACUUCGCAGUGCAGGAUGGGAAGGUAAUUUGGUAUCAUCACCAAGAAAACGACAAAGAAGUGUUCAAUGUCGUCACCCUUCCCUCCAUUCCUGCGCGCAACUGGACACACGUGGCAGUGACGUAUGACUCUACAGCCAUGCUGGCGAAAGUUUAUGUUAACGGAGUCAUGGUGAAACAAAAAUCUGCGAGCGGUGACCUGUCUCAAGAUUGGGGCCAUUUUGCCGGUAUCGGAAGACAUUUUUAUACAGGAUCUUAUUUAACAGGACUAGUUGAUGAAUUUAUCAUUUAUAAUUACGCUCUUAGUGACGUGGAAAUGAAGUAUCUUGCACAAGGGCGGUGCUCCAAAAAAUAAGAGCUCUGUCAACCUACUUACGUAUUAAAUAUAUUUUUUUUAACUUAAAAAUAAGGUAUAUCAAGACAGUUUCUUUAUGAAGUCCGUUUCUUUAAAAUAUUCUUUUUAUAUCUGCUGCGAUAUUUAGGUAAAUUUCACUCCCCAGUGUGUCAUGUAAGAGUUAGUAAACUAAAAAUGAGCUUAUGUGGUUGAAAGAAGUGGUGUGCAUUUGAUGAUAAUUUGAUUUUAAGGGCGCUUUGUUAAAAAGUUCAAGUUUAGGAGUAGAUAAUUGCUUGUGAAAUCUCGGAUGCAUAGUUUGUUAUGAACAAGCAAGAAAAAAAACGUAGCUCAAAUAUCUGUUUACUAUCAUUUUCUGUCAAUUUAUUUAAACUAAGACGUUUUAAGUAAGAACGAACAAAGGCCCCAGAGCCCAACGAUUGUGCUUCCUUCGCGUUUGUUUCGCGUUUCAAUUUUCCCUUUAACACCAUGGUCUUUGACAGCUUUAGUAAGUUGAACUUGUCAAUGACCAACUUUAAUCAGAACAAUCAGUUCGACAUGUGAACAACAUAACGAUGGUAUCUGGAACAGGUGUCGGCUGCAAUGAGGGGAAAGAGGAGAAUUGUGGUCACUCCUCACGAUGGACCGAAAUAGGUAUUCUUCGCCUCUCAAUUGGAGGGUGAAUCAUUUUCAAAUGAUCGAACAACUGUGCAUCAAAUUCCAGCUUAGGAAGAAUCAAUAUCACAUUUAUUGCAAAGCAAGUUAUGUACAGUAUAGCUUUAUUCAUAAACUCUGUCAUGUGUGAACAAAAUAUAUUGCAGCAAAUAAAUAGAAAUAGAUAUUAAACUCACUUCAGUACUGCAGUUAUCCACGCCGCAGUGCUGCCUGUACAAUAAA